AUGGCCCCUACAGAAAUUGCCAAUUGUGAGCUUUGGAAUCAUGGCCCUGGCAUGUUAUAUGGCGAAAUGGACGGGGAGGAACAUAAAGAGCAAAUAAUCACAGAAAUUCCGAAAGAAUGUACGAAAGAAAUGAGAAUCGCUGACCAAAAGAAAUUGGGAAACAACGUUCAAAACUCCCUUUUGGUGGUUGAGGGCGAGAAGACAGAGAAGAGCAUUGCUAUGAUAAUAAACUGUAAUAACUUCAGUUCGUUUCGAAGGCUGAUCAGAGUUACUGCUCGAGUCUUGAAAUUCACAAAGAUUCUGAAAAGGAAAUGCAUGCGCAAAUCGAAAGAAUUGACGACUGACGAUGUUAAAGAGGCAGAAUUGUUAUGGAUUAAAGAAAUACAAACAUCUCUAAAACGCGAUUCCAGAUACGAGUCUUGGCGGCGACAGUUCGCACUGUUCAGCGACAGCCAAAGAGUGCUAAGAUGCGGUGGACGCAUAUCAAACGCUGAGAUUCAUUACGAAACCAAACACCCGAUCAUGUUGGACAGAAAUCACAGAGUAACACGACUCAUCAUAGAAGAAUGCCACGAACGCGUUCACCACAAAAGAAACACUCACCGAAAUCAGAUCGAAAUUCUGGAUUGUCAAGGGAAGGCAAUUGAUUAG